CACUGUAAAACUGAAGUUUCUACGCUUUCGUUACCCGCAACAAAAGAAUAGAGCGGUGAGAGUUUCGGAAAUCAGUAGCAACGCCUGCUUGGUAGCUGAACAUCUUAUCCUAACAAAUUUAUUGAAGCUUGACGGAAGCGAAUUAUAAGCAUAAUUUAGAGUCACGAUACAAUUUCCCAGAAAACCACUUCCGCAAUAUCCUUAUAACGCGUAUCUCAUCGAAGAAAGGUUUCGAAAGAACGCUUAAGACCAGUCAAACCAUUACUUGUAGCGAUGGCGUUUUGGAAUUCAUCCCAGUCGCAGCGACGGGAUUUUGAGGUGGUAAUCUACGAAAAUGAUUACAAACAGCUAUGCGCUUGGGUGCUCAAGAAAACGAACAUCGAGACUGGAGGAGAUCUGUUUGGUUUGUGGGCUGACAAACACGCUGCUGUUAUUCAGUUCGUUGUCGGUCCUGGCCAAGGAUGUCGAAGAUCUUCAGUAUCUUUCUACCAAGAUAUCAGCUACUUGGAGAAGAUUGGUUCGCACAUGACGCAACAUGAAGGCCUUUGUCAUAUUGGCGAGUGGCAUUCUCACCACCAACUUGGUCUCGCCAGGCCAAGCGGGGGAGACGAGAAUACUGUGUGGAACAACAUGCCCACCUACAACUUGAAGAGGUUCGUGAUAUUCAUCGCCAACAUUGAGUCGUCGCGACAGAAUUCCUACAACGUGAACAUUGGCUGCUUCCUGUUUGAGCUUGAGAGUGUCAAAGGCAAAGAGAAACAGCUUCCAGUGUUGCAAGGAACGUUCAAGAUACUGCAAAAAGAGAGUCCAUUUAAUGGGAAACUGUUGGAGAAGAGAAACAAGGAUGCAGAGAAGGAUAACAAGAAAGAAAUAGAAAUAAAAGAUUUAGAGAUGAAGAUAUCGCAACAGCCAGAGGUAACUUAUUUCACAAAAUCAACUUCCUUCUCGAACAAGAGGCAUCAACUUGACGAAGAAUCAGGGAAUCAAACGGAAAUCGAGAAGAAGAAAUCGAGAAAAGAGAAGAAAGCCACUUCCGUUGGUAACGAACAUACUCAGGGAAAUAAAAACAUGACACCAGAUGACACAAAAAGAGGAGAGUCGAGAGGACAAAAAGAAACCCACAAGACGGUCACCAGCGAUUCAAAUGAGCGCAAUGAAUCUCAUGAAAGCCAAGCAGAAAACUCAAGUGGAGCACGAAAAAAUGACGAGGGAAAUACACAGAAGAGUGGAGGGGAAGGAACAGACUCGGCAGGUGACCCUCGGACUCUGGAAAAAAAAGAGGAACAUGAAGUUCAACCCGGCAAUCAACAGUCAGAGGGUAACGCAGAUGCCAGCACUGCUUCCCAUAAUAAGACCCAAGGAGGAACAUCAAACAAAGAGCCGAACGAUAAAGAGGGAAAUGCAAAGCCAAGUGAAGCAGAAGGCGGAAACUCAACAGAUGCAAACGAUCAGAACGCCUCUGAUGAUAAGAUUCAACAAGGAAAUCCAAGCAAAGAAUCAAACAAUGACGGGCAAAAAGCAAUGACAGAAGAAGGAAACUCAACAGAUCAACAUUCAAAAGAAGACCAGGACCAUGAAACUCAACCUCCCAGUCAAGUUCCGGAAGGUGAUGCAACUGAUCACAACGCUUCCAAAAAUAAGACCCAAGAAGAAACCUCAACUGAAGAGUCACACAAAGACGGGGAUAAAGCAAUGACAGAAGAAGGAAAAUCAACAGAGGACGCAGAGCCACCUCCCAAAGAACCAGACGAGAUUUCCAAUCAGGUUGAUGAGGAUCAAACCUCAAGCCCAAAGAAACUUGCGUCAGGGCAAGGGAAGGCGCCUACGGUAGGAAAACAGGCCGCGAAAUCAGGGAGUCAGAAGUCGGGAGGUGAUGCAAACAAUCCACAGAACCGCCUGAAAGACCAACCAGUGCCAAAAUCUACAGCUAAAAACAAGUUAGGACCAUUACAGUUAAGAAAUGGACCAGGAAGUGCAAAGCCAGUAAAUCAACAAGCUGGUAAAGAAGGCAAAGUCAAGGGCGGUGGUGAGAAAAAAGGUGGCAAAUCUAACAAAAAAAAACCACCAAAAUGAAUUAAACAAGUUUAACUGAAACAUUAUUCAUCCCUUAACUCAUGGAACUCUGAACUUUGCACUAACGCCGUGACAGCUGUUUGUGGCGGUACUCUUAUGUUUACACUAUUCAAAUAUCGCAAUUUCGGCUUCAUAGCUGAAAGUAAUCAGGCAUUACAUAUAUUUAACUUUUCUUUGUUUUUCGAUUGGUGAAGAGAACUUUGUACCUCUAUUAACCAAUCGAUGCAAAAUAUCCCGACUCAGUAACCUGCGUUUUCAUGCGCUUUAAGUUCUCAUUGGCUCCUGGUGAUAUUUUUCUUGUUUGUGAUUGGCCCCCUGGUGAUAUUUUCAUCGUUUGUGAUUGGCCAUGUAAAAUUUUCCUUGCUUAUGAUUGGCCAUUUUCUUUUUUUCCUUUUUUAAUCAGCUUCAUUGGGUAGGACCUAUAGAAGUCGUAGACCAAUAGGAUUGGUGCAAAACGGGACACAAGGACCCAUGCGAGGCACCGCCUUUAGAGAGGCACUGCGAGAGUGAAGUGUUUUGCCCAAGAACACAACACAUUCACCAGGCCACGAACCCGGGCCUCUCGACCCGGACUGACCAUGAGGCCACUGUGCCUCCCACGUAUUGUGAUAACUAUGGUCUUGUUCUCAAGACAUUAAUCAAAAGGGGCCCUUCGUCCUGCAAUAAAUCGUGCGUAAUGGACUAUCGGGUUUUUAACCUCAUCCCCUGAUACAAAUAUUGAAGUUAUAGUCUCUGUCCAAUUCUUAUAUCCUUAAAAACUAGAACAUUAGUACAAAGUACUUGUAUAGUUUUACUCUCAGAAUCAGGGUACUUUAAAAGAAAUUCAGAGAAAGCUUUUGUCUGUUUUAACCUACAGCCAAAAUGGCAGCAGUUCAACACAAUGAAAUCCUUGAUUACCUUGUUCACAUAGUUUGCCAAAGAGUACUAAUGCAUUAAAAUAAAUAAAAGUUAUGACAUUUUGA